GAGGGUCCUUUCCUGGACCUAGCCUGAGAAAAGAAGGAGGAAACAGGGAGGCUCGAGAUGUGAUAUCUGAAUACUUUCUCCAUAAACAUUCCCCAUGUCCUCCCCUGACCGGCUCAUGAAAGCUUCUUCUCUAUCUUGCUUCUCCUUUUUCUCCCUUCCCUUGUCUUGUUGCAUGGCCAUGGUUUAGACGGGGAGACGAUCUGCAGAUUGGAGGCUUGCAGAAUCAGGCUAAGGAGAAAGCAAGAAAAAGCAAGGGCCGCCCCGCUACCACAAUCAUCGAUCACCACACACAGACAGACGUCGCCGAUCACUCUCCCUCUCCUGCCCAACCAACCACCAACAGCCGGCCGGCUAAGUGCCAGUCCCAGGCCCGGACCACCACCACCGACUCGACUCAGGACAGCCACGCAAACGCCUUGCCAUGAAUAACACGACAGCCUCGCCGGCGCCGCCCCCGGGGCCGCCGGCAUCGCUGCCGGUGCCUACGGGCCCGCUGCCGCCUGCGUCGGGGAUCCUGCGCGGCACGCCCGACUACCUGGGCGACCGGACCGUCCACCUCAACAUCUUCAUGAUCGCCUUCUCCGUCAUCUUCGUCGGCCUCCGCCUCUACUCGCGCCUGUACGUCGCCAAGCGGCCCGGGCUGGACGACGCCAUAUCCGUCCUGACCCUGGGCGCGCUGCUGGCGCUGUCCGCCAUGGACAUUAGGUUGGUCGAACACGGCACCGGCGCGCACAUGCAGUUCGUCCCACCAAUCUACUACCUCGGCUUCUUCGACGCGCUCGCCACGCAGACUCUGCUCUACUUCUGGGCCGUCUGCCUGAUGCGCAUGCAGAUCGUCGCCUUCCUGCCCGGCAUCCACCCGGGCAACAAGCCCUACAAGCUGAUGGUCUGGGGCCUCGGCGCCGUCAUCGUCGUCUCCACCAUUGUCGUCUUUUGCCUGCGCAUCUUUUCCUGCAGGCCCAUCUCCGCCUUUUGGCUCCCUCCCUUCAUGACGGCCGGUCAGUGCAUGGACGGCCAGACGGUCGACCUCAUCCUCAACGUGCACUCCAUCCUGGGCAUAGUCAUCGACCUGUGCCUCGUCGCCCUGCCCGUGUGGGUCAUCUGGGACAAGAUGAUGCUGUCCACGCGCAAGUGGCGCGUCCUGAUGGUCAUGAGCGUCGGCAUCUUUGUCGUCAUCACGGGCAUCGUGCGCUACGUCCUGAUCCGGACGACCCCUUUCCAACCGGAUGCAACAUACAGCAUGGCAACGAUCGGCCUCUGGACCGUGCUCGAGGGCCACGUCGGGCUGUGGUGCGGCUGCUUCCCCGCCAUGCAGCCCGUGCUGCGCCAGCUGCUCGCCAGCAUCGGCCAAUCCCACCUGCUGACGCGCAUAGGCUACGCGACCGGCACCCGCAAGGGCGGCGGCUCCAAGGGCGGCGGCACCGGCAUCGGUGGCGGCGGCGGCAAGCUCAGCGGCAGCACCGGCAGCAGCCUGGGCAGCGCCCUGCGCAACGGCAAGCACGGCGGCGCCCACCGCGUCAGCUCCGACGACGACCUCGCCGCCCUCGGCAGCCAGCACGGCUACAGGUACGGCGGUAGGGCCACGGCGGCCGCCGCCGGCGGCGUCGAGGAAGAGUUCGCAAUGGCCGACCUGGCCGGGGAGAGGCGACGCGCCGGCGCCGGCGGUGGUGGUGGUCGCGACGGUGACCUCGAGGAUGGGGGCCUGAGGCUACCCAUCAUGAAGAGCACGACGGUCGAGCUCCACUUUGAGGAAGGGCAUAUGCCCGGGAUGAACGCCGAGGGGAGGAGGAGAAACAAUUCGGAGGGGACGUGGAGGGAACGGUGAAGCGAGGUGAUUUGAAUUUUUAAAUUACAAAGGAAAUACAAAAAAAAAAAGGGAAAAAAGGAGGAAAGAAACAUCUUAGAAAGCCGUCCGAUAUCAGUUUCUUAAUCGAGUAGCUCUUUGUUCUACUGUCUUCUGGGUUCUAGGUCCUAGGGAUCGAAACGGUAAGCGGGUGCUGUUGUACCAGAGUCGCCCACGAGAGGGAUGGGGAUUACGGGCACGGUCACGAGGGGUCGCCUAGAAGGCGUCUUACUAUCGUGAACAGAGACUGAUGCUGUGGAGAUGUGAGCUUGACAGAAUUAUUAGUGCGGUGGGAUAGCCCUUUCUAGAGAUGUGGGUAGGAACAGGAACGACAAUAAGGGCGAGCGUAAGUGUUUUAAAGUGGAAAUAAGAAUAGGAAUUAUACAUCAAUUCCCAAGCAAAAUUCUUAUACGCCGAGAAGUCGGG